AAAAUUGUACAUUUCUCUUCUUCACUUAUUUUAGUUUUUGGAAUCAUCUUUGGUGUUUUCUUGGAGUGCACAUGUUUUCCUGUUCAAAAAGGGGACUCAACAUUCUCUGAUCAUACUCCCUCAACUACAGAGUCCUCAUCUGGAGGAUUACAUCAGCAGAGUUUGCCAUACCAAGACAUCCGUACCUCUGAUGGUGAAUUUAUGGCACUUGAACUCUCUGAUACUGCGAUUCUGGGACAUAUGUCAUCAACAUGGCCACUCAAUAAGAAAGUAAUUCCUACAAUUAGUACAUCAUUUCCAACCAGAAUAUUUGGUGCAUCACAAGCUUCAUCAUUUGAAAGUCAUCAUCAGGAUAGAGUGCCAUUACAGCAUCAUUCACACAACUUGGACCUUUCUCAAGGAUGGUAUGAAACAUCAUCUAGUAACCUUGAUCUUAACUUUAGAACUGUUACUCCUGUUGAUAGCUCAGUUAAUCAUCCAAAAAUACCAUACUUCCAUCCUUCAUCUCGAAAGGUUUCUGACAGAAUACUAUCUUCUGGUGGUUCAUUACUACUUGAAGAGUCUAACAUAAGCACAAGUUCUCAUCAUUCCAAAAGCAAUAAACCAGGUAAACUGAGACGAUUCUUCCCAAAUGAUGAACACGGUGGUUAUAACAGCAGGGGGUUCUAUAACGAUGGACUACCAGAUGUCGAUGCUGGCACUGAGAUUUCUCAAACUGUUAAGAAAAGCGAAGAUGUAUAUUCUUCUUCGUUCUCAAACCAAUCCACUCUUUCACCAGAGAAUAAAGAAAGCGAAUCUGACAACUCAUUUAAGAUUCCCAUUACAGAUAGUGAUUUAAAGACCACAGAAUUAUAUAAUCAAAAUGCUGGUGACAAUUACAGCUUUAUUCAAGCCAUCAAGAAAAACUCCAGUGCUACUUCUAUACCAAACACUUCUUCAGAGUCAGGAGUAUAUCACUCUUCAAUUACUCCUUUGGAAAACUUCCCAACAGACAAUGAGACAAUGAAAGUAAACAAAAUAGCAGGAAUGGCACAAGUCGAUCACUUAGCAUCUCCAGAAGGUCCCUUUGUCAGAAGUAAUAGACACUCUCGUUUAUUUGAUAAAACAGCAAGAAAUGACACAAGUGUUGAAAAAACUUUGAAAAACAUCACCAAGCCUACUGAUUUUCCCACCACAGGACUUGUAACGUGGAUAGCCAAACUGGACAACAGCUCUGAUCCCCUGGAUAAGAACAGACAAACUUCAGGAAAGUAUCCUUCUUCAAAAACUGAUCCUGACCUCGGUUUAAUUAAUGAUCAACCAGCGGGGAGUGGGUUUAAUGUUGAACGUGCCCCAGCUAAUCCUCCAUCAAUCAUGGCACCAGUUUCUGAAGCUCGUGAUAGCACGCAGGAUACCGUGAGUAGAGGUGCUGUUGCUGGCAUUGUUGUAGGGAUUAUUUCCCUAGCAGGAUUGACAGCAGUGACGUUUCUUCUCCUACACAACAAAGAUUAUUGCAAGGCAGUCAAUAAACUGGAGAGUAAGUGUUCAUCAGACAGCUGUGCUUAUAUUGAUGACUCUGUAAGAACAAGCUAUAUGAACAGCCAUAUUGAGCUUCCAAAGGACAGCACAGAAGAAAUGUCGUCCCUGGAUAACGACUCCUUUCUGAACAGUCUGGAAGCUGUCACCAUACAGAAUUAUUGGGCUGACAAUUCCAAGAAUACCAAAGUUUAAGAAAUGCUUUUAAAAUGGAAACUAGAGGUGGUAUUUAACCAUUUCCUGUUUGUUCAGUGUAGAAAGUGGUGUGAGAUCAUUGCAAGCUUGAUUAAAACAAACUGACUUUUUACAGAUUUUAAAUCUUGUUGGUUUUUAGCCAUCGGUAAUGUUGAGGAUGGUUUUACUGGUACUGUACAUAAAUUUUACUAUUAGUACAAGAGUGUCAAAGUUCUAGUUAUGUAGCCAGACCUUCUUGUGUCUUUGUAGUGUAUCAUGUUGAAAUGUUUUCUUGGCUUUAAUCAACUAAAGUAAUCAAAUAACCUACUUCAAAAUGAAAAUGUUAUCAAUUUAAUGCAACAAAAAAUAUGCAUUUGUUACAUUUUUGCUCAUCAUGGAAGAAUAUUGGCAUGGUAUAUAUGUGUAUAUAUA